AUGGCAAAUUCCACCGCCUCCGCAGCCGCCUCCUGGCAGACAAUUGCUCACCGAGACUCGUUAAUCCCGAGUCGGUGGAGGCUGCCAGCUGAGCUUCUCGCGUCUCUCCCGACAAACGUAACGGGGAUCCCGCCUCAAUUCCUGACAGCUCGUGAGGUCGAGUUAACAGGAUUGACUGCCUCGGAGCUGGCACGGAAGAUUGCAGCUCGCCAAGUAACCGCGCGCGAAGUCACCGUCGCCUUCUGCCACCGCGCAGCGAUUGCGCAUCAACUUGUCAACUGCCUCACCGAGAUAUUCUUCGAUUCUGCCAUCGCGCGUGCCGAGGAGCUUGAUCGGAUCUUAGCAAAGACGGGCAAGGUCCUUGGCCCACUUCACGGAGUGCCAAUCUCGAUCAAGGACCAUUUCAAUAUCGAGGGCCUGGAGACCACUGGCGGCUAUGUUUCCUAUGCAAACCAUGGCCCCGUCAAGAAGGAUGCCCUUGCCGUAGAGAUCCUCCGUAAUGCUGGCGCAGUGCUGUACGUCAAAACUAACAAUCCCCAGUGUAUGAUGGUGCUGGAGACUGUCUCCAACAUAUACGGAAGAACUUUGAAUCCACGCAACACAACGCUUGGAGCCGGGGGUUCGAGCGGUGGUGAAGGAGCACUACUUGCCCUUCGAGGCUCUCCGUUGGGACUUGGCUCGGACGUUGGCGGCUCGAUUCGCGUGCCAGCAGCAUUCAAUGGCCUAUAUGGUUUCAAACCAUCAGGAAGACGCGUUCCAACUUCCGGUUGGGAAUGUGAAAACAUGGGCCAGGAAUCAAUCAUAGCGGUCUCUGGGCCCCUGGGUCGUAGUAUCGAAGAUUUGAAUCUUUUCUUUCAGGUAACAUCUGAUGCCAAGCCCUGGUUGUACGAGCCACUCCUCGAGGUCCCGUGGAAAACAGACGAGCAGCUCAAUUUCAACCCACGUCGUCUGACAAUAGGCCUGAUGCUCUGGGACGAAGUGGUGAUGCCACAUCCGUAUUUGACGCGGAUUUUGAAAGCAGUCGCGGCAAAACUGCAGGCCGCAGGCCAUGAAGUGGCUAACUUCAAACCGUAUGACCAUGGGCGAGCGUGGUCUGACAUAUUACUUCCGUUGUACUUCACAGACGGCGGAGAGAACAUUAGAAAGACAUUGCAAGCCAGUGGAGAGCCCAUGCUACCCUCAGCGAAGCAUCUCAUGGAUGACCCGAUUGUGAAGCCAUUAGAGAUACACGAACUGUGGAAGCAUCAUGUUGCUCGCGAUAACUACCGAACAGAAUACUUGGAACAUUGGAACUCCACGGCCAGAACGACGACAAGCGGAAAGCCCAUCGAUGUUAUUAUAUGCGCCCCAAGCUGCGUCCAGGGCACUCCGCAUGAUGUUCGUCCUUGGUGGGGUUACUGCAGUCAAUGGAACUUGCUGGACUAUCCCUGCGGUAUUAUCCCGGCGGGCACAGCUGAAGCCGACGAUCAAUAUCCCGAUAACUACAAGCCCGUAAAUGCCCUCGAUGAGGGUAAUUUUAGACUUUAUGACAGCAAUCUUUACGCUGGAAUGCCAGUGACCAUUCAGGUUGUGGGCCGAACUUUGCAGGACGAGAAAGUGAUGAAGGCCAUGGAAAUCAUUGAUCAGGUUAUUAAUCGCAAGGAGAAGCCUUCCUCUCGACUGUAG